AUGAGUAAAAGGGUGGAGAUUGGUGAUGAGAAGUAUGAUUUACAAGAGUACAUAAAUCUGUUCAACGACGGCCUGGAGGAGUUGGUGAUAGUCUGCUCAGUUCGUAAUUCCCCCCGUGGUAUCUCGCUGUGCGAGCGAAUUAAGCGCUCAGUAAAGGUCAAUUCUACCAUAGAAAUGUCAAAUUUCCUCGCCACAGGAACCGAUCGCAGAAACUCUUGCAAACUCAUAAUUAAACUGAGUAAAUCCAAUUAA